CUUCGCAAACCCAGCAAGGGGGUUCCAUGAGGAACCCAAGACCUGGGUUCAUGAAACCCAAAUUUGGGUUCCUCGCGGAACCCAGCAGUAGCAGGAUUCGCGAACCCAGCUACUGGGUUCGCGAAACCAGCAAGGAGCCUUGGAUUCUUCUUCUUCUUCUUGAUCGAACUCUGGGAUCUUCAAUAGCUGGAAGUAUAUGGAGAUGGAAUUUGGAGAGUGUUUUGAUGGGGGAUGAUUUUGAGCUCGUUGAAGAGUAUUUCGACAAUAGUUUGCUGAAUCUAGAUGUCUACAAUGCCUUGGAGAAGUGCUUGCAGUGGCCGCCUGGGUUCGUCAUGAACCCAGGACGAACCCACCCAGCUUGCGCGUGGGUUCUCGAUGUAGACGAGAACCCAGGCCCACUUGGGUUUGUCGUGAACUCAGGACGAACCCACCCAGGUCGCGCGGGUUCGUCGGGAACCCAGGCACGAGCUGGGUUGGUCUUGGGUUCGUGAAGAACCCAAUCACGCACCUAGGUUCGUCAAGAACCCAAGAUGAAUCCACCCAAGCCUGGGUUCUUUACGAACCCAUGAACAAUGAAUCCAGGUCACACCU